AUGUUGAAGUCCCCAACUCAAGGUCAACCUUUGAAGUUACAAUCAAAGUAUCAUGAAAAUUCUCUUAAAGUGAUAGAAAAACUACCAGGUGACACUUACCGGGUAAUCGCGAUAGAUAGUGCCAGAGAGACAGUCAACGUACGCCACAACGGCAAAUUUAUCACAACUCAAAUCGUGGAAGGUGACAACGACGUUGGAAUUGAUGAUGAUUCGACGCAGGGUCCUCAGUUGUCAACCGAGGAAGGUGAAGUAGAGGGGUCAACCAAUAACGACAACAACAUCGACAUUGACGCUAUCGAGGAAUAUUUGCUAAAAAAAUUAUCAAUAAAAAUCUAA